AUGGGUUCUCACGAAAACCAGGGCAGCCUCCCUGGCCACAACACCUCACCCCAGGAGGGCGUGAUACUCAAUCCCGAUCCAGUUCUAAACGUCGCGAACGAGCACCAUCAUGGUCAUCUGCACCAUGGCGGCGCUGCCGCAAACCCCGUAAACCACCCGGAUGAGGUCGUCUACUCCAACCCUACCCCCAACAAGAGCUUCGACAAGGAAACCGGGGACUACGCGACCAACGAGAAGUCGUUCACCGACGAGGAGAGUGGCAAUGUCGGCCACAUCGCCGUGGAAGAGGCGACCGGCCGGAAGCAUUUCAUCUCGCACUACUACCGAAAGUUCCGGCCUUUCGUCCAUAUCUUCAUCUGGCUUCUAUUUACGGCAUGGUGGAUUGUUGGUCUGGUCCGCUUCCGCCACACCAAGAACUGGCUCAUUCCCUUCUUGCUGUAUCUCGCCAUCACGCUGCGCAUCAUUUUCCUCUGGCUACCCGUUAACUAUGUCUGGAAUCCCGUCAAGCUCGUCUGGCACCACACUGCCUUCAGGAUCUACGAGAUGAUCCCCAAGGUGCUUCACAAGCCCCUGGCUGCCACUGUCACCGUCGGUGUCUUUCUGAUCGGGACCAUGGUGCCCGCCGAGUCGGGUGAGAACACCCGGGCCAGCCGAGCGCAGGCCCUGUUUGGGCUGGUCGUCAUGAUCGCAGCCAUGACUGCAACCAGCAGAAACAUGCGCCUGAUUCCAUGGCACACCGUCAUCGGCGGCAUGCUCACCCAGUUCAUCAUUGCCAUCUUUGUCCUGCGGUCCCAGGCCGGUUACGACAUCUUCAACUUCAUCUCCACCCUGGCCCGCACUCUUCUGGGCUUCGCUGACCAGGGAGUCGUCUUUUUGACCGAUGAUACCGUGCCGCAAAAGUCCUGGUUCUUGACUGGUGUCGUGCCGCCCAUCAUCUUCUUCGUGGCUCUUGUCGCGCUCUGCUAUCACGUCGGACUCAUCCAGUGGUUCGUCGGCAAGUUUGCCGCCUUCUUCUUCUGGACCCUCCGCGUGUCCGGUGCCGAGGCCGUCGUCGCUGCCGCCACCCCCUUCAUCGGCCAGGGUGAAUCCGCCAUGUUGAUUCGCCCAUUCGUCCCCCAUCUCACCCUGGCUGAGCUGCAUCAGGUCAUGACCUGUGGCUUCGCCACCAUUGCCGGUUCCGUGCUCGUCGCCUACAUUGGGCUGGGCCUCAACCCCCAGGCUCUCGUGUCCUCCUGCAUCAUGUCUAUCCCGGCCUCGCUGGCCAUCUCCAAGAUGCGAUACCCCGAGGCCGAGGAGUCGAUCACCUCAGGACGCGUCGUCAUCCCCGAGGACGGGGAGGAAAGGGCCGCCAACGCGCUACACGCCUUCGCCAACGGUGCGUGGCUUGGUCUGAAGAUUGCGGGCAUGAUCAUAUCGACCCUGCUCUGCAUCAUCGCCUUCGUCGGCCUGAUCAAUGGCCUGCUCACCUGGUGGGGUGGAUACUGGGGCGCCGAAGACCCUGUCAUCACGCUCCAGCUGAUCCUCGGAUAUCUGUUCUAUCCGGUGGCCUGGCUGCUUGGUGUUCCCAAGAACGAGCUUCUCCAAGUCGGCGAGCUGAUUGGGCAGAAGAUCAUCAUCAACGAGUUCUAUGCUUUCAACAACCUCCGAACGGAUCCCCGGUAUCUGGCGCUUAGCGGACGCGCAACCCUCAUCGCCACCUACGCUUGCUGUGGUUUCGGCAACGUUGGUUCUCUCGGCACUCAAAUCGGAGUCCUGUCCCAGAUUGCUCCGGGCCGCGCUGGUGACGUCUCCAAGGUCGCCAUAUCGGCUCUGCUCGCCGGUAUCGUCUCUACUCUGACGUCUGCCGCCGUUGCUGGCAUGCUGUAUACGGAUGCCAUAGGACCGGCUACUCACUCGUAG